AUGUAUUUCAAGUACGCAGCAGCAGCCCUGACUGCGGUGCUCCCUCUUUGCUCUGCACAGACGUGGUCAAAGUGCAAUCCCCUUGAGAAGACCUGCCCGUCCAACAAGGGUCUUGCCGCAUCCAGUUACACUGCCGACUUCACCUCAUCUUCUGCUUUGGAUCAAUGGAAAGUCACUGCAGGCAAAGUUCCCGUUGGCCCACAGGGCGCCGAGUUCUCUGUCGCUAAGAAGGGUGACUCGCCUACCAUUGAUACCGACUUCUACUUCUUCUUCGGAAAGGCCGAAGUGGUGAUGAAGGCCGCUCCUGGUACAGGCGUUGUGAGCAGCAUCGUUCUGGAGUCGGAUGAUCUGGAUGAGAUUGACUGGGAAGUAUUGGGCGGUGAUACCACUCAGGUCCAGACAAAUUACUUUGGUAAAGGAGAUACCACAACCUAUGACCGAGGCACCUAUGUGCCCCUUGCCGGUCCUCAGGAGACUUUCCACACCUACACCAUCGACUGGACCAAGGAUGCGGUGACCUGGUCUAUCAACGGCGCCGUCGUGCGUACGCUCACGUACAACGAUGCCAAGGGUGGCGCUCGCUUCCCUCAGACUCCUAUGCGCCUGAGACUCGGCACCUGGGCUGGCGGCGACCCCAGCAACCCCAAGGGUACCAUCGAGUGGGCCGGUGGCUUGACCGACUACGGCGCGGGACCGUACACCAUGUACGUCAAGUCCGUCCGCAUCGAGAACGCCAACCCCGCCGAGUCCUACACCUACUCCGACAACACUGGCUCUUGGCAGAGCAUCAAGUUCGACGGCGCCGUCGAUACCUCUCCUAGCUCUUCCGUGACCUCCACCACCCGCACCGCCAGCUCUACCUCGACCAAGAGCCCUUCCACCUCCACUCUGGCCACUUCCACCAAGGCUACUCCCACCCCUUCGGGAACCACCUCUGGCUCUAACUCGAGCUCCAGCUCUUCUACUGGCUCGGGAUCCACCACCACUGGCGGCAGCAGCAGCAGCACCGGCUCUGGCUCUGGCUCUAGCUCUGGCUCUGGCUCUGGCUCUUCCACUAGCGCCGGAGCCUCCGUCACUCCAGAGCUCUCCAAGGGCGCCGCCGGUUCCAUCAAGGGCUCGGUCACAGCCUGCGCUCUGGUGUUCGGCGCGGUCGCUGCCGUGUUGGCAUUCUAA